AUGUCCUCGUCGCCGCCGCCCGAGGCGCUGCCUCAGGUGCCGCCGACCUCCAUGCGCAACUCGUCCUCGACCAGCUCAAUCUCGAAUUUGUUCAAAGACCUCAUUGGCCGCUCACGCAACUCGACCUCCGACAUCCCCUCCGCUUCUACCAAUAUCGCCCCGGUGCAAGGAAUUUUUGCGAGAAGACCGAGCGUGUCGACGCUUCCGCGACACAUUCACACCUCGUCUCCAGACAAUGCAGACUUUGCGAACAUACGUCAUUCGCUCCGUAUUCGGCCGAGCCAUUAUGACGGCGACAUUCAAAUUCCACCCGUCCUCGGAGGUCCUCCGGAGUUGGAGGAAUUGCUGGAACGGCUUAGUCCGAAGGCAUCACUAUCGGCUCGCAUCGAUGCUGCCCACCGGCUAUGCCCCAUACUCGAGCAAUAUCCGGUGAAAGGCGUUUGGGCAGUAUGGGUGCUUGCCCAAGAAUCGCUAUUAAAGAGCAAGGAUCCGGAGGCUAUUCAGGCAGCAUGCCGCCUGCUUUCACGAUUAGUGCAGCUGCCCGACCUCUCCUCUGCUGAGAGAAGCAACUUCUUCUCUUUCAUAUCUGGAGUGGAGCAGGAACAGGUCACGGAGAUACGAUUGCAGCUGCUCGGCUGCCUUACGCAUGGCGGCCGGUCCAUUGAUGCUUUCGAGAGUAAGAUCGCACCUCUCCUGACGCGAAUGCUCGACAGGUGCUACGAAGCUGCGCGGAAGGCGAGGAGUGCCCACAGGGACUCAAGAUCAGAUCUUGAGCUUCCUGAAGACGCCAACCUACAGCAAGUAUUCCGUUUUAUUAUCGAUGUAUUCAAGUUCAACUCUCAGCUCCUGGCGGACAAGCAUAUCGAAGAGCUCCUAGAAAAGGUUCUGUAUGUCUCAAGACGGACAACAAGGAAACCGGAUCUCAAGGGCGGAAUCACUGUCAUCGAAACACUGAUCACGUAUGCCGAGUUACCGCAGCCGCUUCUCAAACCGUGCUUGGAGCUGUUGUGUUCUGUCUGCAACAGGAUGCUUCUGCUCGAUGACCUCCGAGACCAGGCCGAACGGGUGAUCACGCACUUAUUUUAUUCCCACGUGGCCCCGGCUGCUAUCUAUGAAUUCAUUGAGAUCCUUUAUGGCGAACUUGGCUCCUCCAAACAGAGGACGAAUGUUGUUCGUGGGGCCGUCAAGGUCUUGGAAGACAUGCUCUUCCACCCAAGAGCUGCGCAUCUCCAGGAACUGCAACUUUCGCUCUUCUUGCCUGCACUGAACAACUUGAUCUCGGUCGAGUAUGCCAACCGGCGGGCGUCUGAGACGAAUUCAGACGCGGACAAUCACACUCUGAAGAAGAUCAAAGCCGACAACUUCCACCUGGAAUCGGACAUCUGCAACAUCAUGUGGAAACUGCUCAUCUCCGGAGAUGCGGACAACAAGUACACCCGGCAGCUGCUUCAAGAAUAUGACUGGUCAACAUUCCUGGAGAUAAUCGUCAAAUGCGCCAACGACGUUUCUGACAAUGAAGUCCGAGACUUCACGCACUUGGCCUCGGAGACUUUCUCAAGUCCCACUGAUGAUGGAGAGGAUGAAGAAGAAGAACAAGAAAACACGCACCCCUCUAUUCCUCUCCGCGGCGUCCUCUUGAAGCUUUUCGAAAUUCGUAAUGAACUUGAUAUCAUUCAGAGGCAAGAGACUAUGGCUAUGCUUGUCCGCGUUGGCCCAAAACUCCCGGACGACAUCGCCAAAGGAGUCAUCCAAUACUACGAGGAUGAACGCCUUCUUCAGCCACCAAGCGAGGAUUGGAAGGCCGCAUGGGAACAGCUGCUUAUUCCGUUCUUUAGGGACAAGCGCCGGUCAUCCGACUUGCGGAAAUAUGCCAUGGGCACAAUUAUCAGGACAUAUGAUUACAUUUCCUUCAUGCUGUCGCCGGAUGUCCAGGUUACUUGCGCGAAAUUUAUCCUUGAGCAUAUUCACGAGGAACUGGAUCCAGAUGUUCUCACCAUUCUUGCUGAUGCAGCUGUCAGCAUUGCUGUCGAAGCAUCAGAUGAGCUGUUCGAAUACGUGAUAGAUCUGUUCCGCGUCUAUCUCUGGGAGUUCAUUGGAGACAUACAUGAGCAUCAUGCAGCCGGAGACUUAAUGUACGAGGACAAUCCAGUUUCUCCAAGCAAGGUCAUCACCAAGGCAUUGAUCCGUAUCUUCAUCCGCACCUACAUUCAUUCGGGUUGGAAGGCAUCAAAGGCAUACGAGCUGAUUCUGUACGUGGCGGGAACCAACAAAUGCAACAUGGAUGCCCGGAUCGCCGCAAUCAGAUUCCUUGCUCGCCUCCGCAGUGAUGCGAAUUUCGCGCUGCGCGUCAAUGCGGCCCCCGAAGGCGAGAACAUAGCUGCGCUCUUAAACAGGACGGCGGAUACUCUUGUUCCCAUCCCGAAGGAAGAAGCUUCCUCGGAGGCGACGAGCCCUACAAGCAUGGAAGAAAAGAGCCUAACACGGCGCUCGCUUGUGGGUUCGGUCCAGUUUCCUCAAUCUCGGAAUCCGUCUCGAGUCUCCAGCGGCGUAGUGAAGGCCAAACCCGUACAACCUCUCUGGACGUACCCAGAUCAAGAAGGCCUCCCAGAGCAACCGCCAGGGAUACCCAGCCUUGUACUCUUCACUGAUCUUGGAGGCACGAGGGUUCAGAGCGACACAGAAAACGAAGCGACAGAGGAGAAUGGCGAUGCCACUGACACCGUUCACCGCGAACUGUUUCCGACAAGUCGGUGGCUGGAGAUUGCUAUUUCUCUCUUCCAAAAUUGCAAUGAUUGGGAGGUUCUCAGCUACUUGUUCGUACAUUUUGGAGCACAGCUUUGCAACCACGCACUUUGGAAAAAUUGUAUCCCACAGCUACGGCUUCUUCGCAGCGUCCUGAGUGACCAGAUCAGAAACGGCAGUGUGCCAGAGCCGCCUCCGUACUCGGCCGUCAAGAAAGCUGACGUAGCUGUCUGCUACUUCCACAUCCUCACUAUGUUGGUUAGCUAUCACCAGCAUUUUGAGAAGAGUGAGGAGGACGAUCUUGUCAAAACGUUCUAUUUGGGAAUUGGCUCUUGGGAUAGGACAUCGAAGUGGUGCAUCCAUGCUCUGACUGUUUGCUGCCACGAAAUACCUGAUUCGACGACGAAGCACCUUCAAAACAUCGUGCAGAAGAUGUCUCAGAUCAUCACGCAACCGCAAAUUGCAAUUCACAUCUUGGAAUUCCUUACCCACAUGGUUCGGCUACCCGACUUGUACGUCAACUUCCGCGACGACGAGUUCAAGAUGGUCUUUGGCGUCUGCUUCCGCUACCUGCAGUAUGUGCGCGACCAGCAGGAGAAAGCCGCGAGUCCGGCGCCUGCUCGUCUCAGCGGGGCUGGCUUGAGACACACGGCUCCAUCCCGCGACCUUCGGGACUCGAAAAUGAUCGACCAGAACACUGGCAAGGCGAGGCAAGCGGAUGACCUUCCUCAAUACGUUCACGCUUUGGCCUAUCAUGUCAUUACUUUCUGGUUCAUGGCCAUCAAACUUGAAGACCGUGAAAAGUUUGUCCCAUGGAUCAUCAAGAAACUGGUCCACACUGAUCGCUUUGGGCGUGAGAGUCUCGAAGAGCAAGCUCUAAUCACCAUCGACAUGUUGUACAGUCGUGCCUAUACCGAUCGAGAUGAGACUGGGUACCAAGAGUCUUUCGCGAAGGAGGCCGAUGGAGAGGUCACCAAGCGAUCGUGGGUCAUCGGUGGAGAAAUGAUUCUGACGCUUGAGACGGCCGCACGGACUGGCAUUACUCAAAUCAUCAAGCGUCGACCAUCGUACACAGGCUACGGCAUCUAUCACCCACAUCUGAUUCCCCCACCUCGUCAUCAAGUUCCGCUGCUCACAGGCCUGGCCGCGGACGCCUUCUACACUUCUUCUUAUGUCGGCGUUUUGCCCGAAGAUAUCUUCCAGGGCCUGUUCACCCCAAUAACGCUUUUCGAUCCCGGUGCGAUCGAGAGAUCUCCGUGGGUCAAAUUGCCGGAGGAUGAUGCCACCCGUCGUUCCAUCGGCGUGUUGGACCGCGCAUCGACUGUCGAUAGUCACAGGGUCGGCGUGAUAUUCAUCGGCGAGGGUCAGACCAACGAGCAAGAGAUUCUUGCUAACGUCAUGGGCUCUGCAGACUACACGGUAUUUGUCGAGUCUCUUGGAGAAGGCAAGCUUGUCCGCCUCAAAGGAUCAAAGAUGAACACGCAAGGACUGGAUCGAGAGUUCGACAGUGAUGGCACGCAUGCAGUCUGCUGGCGCGACCGUGCUGUGGAGAUGGUCUUCCACGUCAUCACCAUGAUGCCCACGGAUCUGGAAGUCGAUCCUUACUGCAUCAACAAGAAGAAGCACAUCGGCAAUGAUUUCGUCAACAUUGUCUUCAACAACUCGGGUCUGCCUUUCCGUUUUGACACGUUCCCUUCGCAGUUCAACUACGUUUAUAUUGUAAUCACUCCCGAAGCUCGUACGACAUUCGUUGACACGCGAGAAAACGACGGACUCGACCAGUUCUACAAGGUACAAGUCCUCACGCAGCCCGGGUUUCCGGAGGUAUCGCCGGCGUCGGAGACGAAGGUCAUCAGCGGGAAGGGCCUUCCUGCCUACAUCCGUAUGCUCGCGCUCAACGCGAGCGUGUUCUGUCAGGUGUGGUCCAGUCGCGAUGCAGGCGAGUACGUGUCGUCGUGGCGCAGUCGUCUUCGGGAGAUCAAGAAACUCUGGGACAAACACUUGCCUGGCGGGCCGACGCCACCGCCCAGUGCCGCAGGCCUCGGCAUGAAUAGCGGCGGCGGCGGCCUCUUCCAUCGUCAGAGCAUCGUGACGUACAAUAGCGAGGGCAAUAGAUCCAGCAUCAUGAGCGGCACCAGCGCGGAGAUGGAGCGGCAGAACUCGAGCGGGUCGCGUGGUUGA